UCGUCAUUCUAUACGACAAAGUUAUAGUUAGCUAGAGAAGCUAGCUAAUGGUUUAACGCAGCCAGCAUUUUUUUUUUUAAAAUAGCCUGAGGUUGGCGUUAUAAGUGUGAUUUUAAGAGCGAGCUGGUAAUUAUGUCGGUAUUUUAGACACGCUUCGUCUUAACAGGAAAAAUAACAGCGUUUACCAAGUUAACGUAUGCUAGCAUUAGCUUCCCUUCAAGUCUCAUGUCAGUUGAACUGUCAGCAGUACAAGAUGUGGAGAUGUUUACAGCGAGUUUCUCAGCGGACCAACAGAGAGAACUGGCGAAAAGACUCACCACGUUUCUGUCCCAGUACAGGCAUCUGUCCGACUCCUAUAUAAUUGAGUUCUUUACUGAAGAUCUCUGGCACACAUUACCCAGCAGUUGGCAGGCUGUGCUGCAGGAGUUGUCAUAUCCGCAGAUUGCAGACUUAUUUUUGGAUGCUACCAAUGAAGACAGGAGAUAUCCUUCGGUGUGGCCUCUGUCCCUCUUGGCUUUCCGUGCCACAGCUCAUGCCCUGGCUUUUCCCAGAGAGUGCAGGCAUGAGCAAGGCAGGGUGGCCAGCUCGAUGAAGCCCGAGGAGUUCCAAGAAAACCAGAGUCAGAGCUCACUACUGGGUCACAUAUUCAGGAAACAUGUUAAACCCAAGAAACAGCAUGAGAUCCGGAAGCUGGGCAUGUUGGUGAAGCAACUUUGUGACCAGACUGACUGCAACAGAGUGGUUGAUGUCGGCUCUGGGCAGGGUCAUCUGACUCGUUUCCUGUCCUUUGGGCUCGGACUGUCUGUCACUGCCAUUGAGGCUGAUCACACCCUCGUCACUAUGGCAUCCAGGUUUGACGGACAGCUAAUAUGGGCGUUGGCGAAGGAAAAUCAGAAAAAGAACUGCAGCUCUCAGCUCCCAGUAUCUCAGUCCUCUCCUCAUCAUGUGGCUAGAUGGGUAAACCCAAAGGCACCAUGGGAAGCUUUCAUUAAGCAGCUCAGAGCUGCAGGUUGUGUCAGCGAAGGUCCCCCAACUCCAUCAGGUCCCAGCAAAAAGAAACUACGGGGCUGGAAGCGUCAGGGGCGCUCUCAUGGGGUCCAGACUUCACCAUCUCAUGGCUCCACGCAUUCUGAUGCUCAUUCACAAGACUCAAAUAAGACCGAGUCUGAAGAGGAGUCAUCCAAUGAAAACUGCUGCUCAUGCAUCCAGCCCGUUUAUCAGGAGGAUGUAAACCCUGAGGAAAACAGCCUGCAAGGCUAUCCAGACUUUGUCCUGACUGGUCUCCACGCCUGUGGCGACCUCAGCACCACCCUCCUCCGCCACUUCGUCAACUGCCCACACGUUCGCGGCAUCACUUCUGUGGCAUGUUGCUACAUGAAAAUCACAACCAAAGAGAACCCCACCCCUCCAGGACUGGUCGUGCCUCCUGUGGGAGGACUGGGCCAUGAGUCGGUUCCCUCAGAGUUUGGCUACCCAAUGAGCUCCUGGGUGCGUGGGCUGCCGGGACAUCAGCUGUCCUAUAAGGCGAGAGAGGGGGCAUGUCAUGCAGUGGAGGACUACAUACGGAGGCUCAGGGAGGAAAGCAAGUUGCUGAGGACACACUGUUACCGGGCGAUGCUGGAGACCUUCAUCAGGGAUGCAAGACCAGAUCUACGCAGGGCAGGAAUCCAGACCAUAAAGAAAGCUCACUUAUUACCUUUUACAGAGUACGCCUGUCUGGGUCUGCCUCGGGUCGGCCUGCCUCCCGACUUGCCCCUGGACGUGGAGCGAGUGGAGGCCAUGCUGAAGCAGCAGGGCAGGGUGGUGGUGUACUUCAGCCUGGCCCUGCUGCUGGCUCCUGUGGUGGAGACAUUGGUGCUGCUGGACAGGAUGAUCUACCUGCAGGAGAAGGGUGUGGACAGUCAGCUAGUCCCUCUGUUCGAUCCGAACUUUUCCCCAAGAAACUUUGUGCUGGUGGCUCUGAAGCCCUGUGGAUAGAGAGGACAAAAAGGGAAAGUCACAAAUAGUCAGUCUUGGUUUUUGGGGAUAUGGAGUCAUAAAUAUGAAGGGAACUUUUUUUCUGGCUUUUGUUCAUCAUGCUUUAGUAGCUGUGGAACUUUUUAUAUAUCGAGAUUCACUGUGACACAGAAACAUGCAGGAAAACUAGGAUCUCAUUAUUCCGAAACAGACACUUAGUGCUUCCAUGAACUUGAUAUACACUGAAUCUAUAAAAUAGCUUUAACUCCAUCUAAACAUCAUGUUCUUGACCUUAUACACGUUACAAUGGUUAUGAUAGCACAGAGGCAAUCUUGUGUUUUUGGCUUUGUUUUGUUUUGCAUUAUUUGAUUUCUGCAUACGUGUUUGGGGUUUGGCUUGUCUUUUAUAGUAUUUUAUUGUUUUGUCAUUUUAUAAAGCACUAUGGGACAAUCAUGUUUCAUGCUUUUUUGUGUUUGCAGCUCAAAACAAUAAAAAUGACCUGUGCUUUUAA